AGCAUAGAUAAAGGCGAGUAGCAAGAAGAGAAAGUGCUGGAACAUUCCAUCAAGUACAGUACGAACCAAAUGGAGACUAAUGAGGAGACUUCCUAUGCAGGAGUGAUGUGCAGCGUGAUCAAGGACGAGAUAAUAAGACUGAAGUCCAAACUGACUGGGACGCACGAAGAGCUGCAGCAAGAGGGGGGCAUGCAGGCCGUGAUGAGAGAUCUCUUAGAAAUGCAUGAGCGGCUCGAAAGGUACAACGAGCAGAGACAAGUUGCAGAUAACGAGCAGGAGAACCUUCUGCAAACCCACAAUUCCACACACCGAAAAUUAGGCAAAGGCUUAUUCAGGCGGAUGGCGAUUGGGAUUUAUCUGGUGUGGGUGAUUUUCCUAUUCUACGAUGACGUGCAGCGGUGGUUCAAUUUGAAGCAAUCAGCAAAAAAAUUGUAGUUUUAUUAAAGGAAUAUAAUAAAAAUUGAAGCUACACCUUCACAGUUUGAAAA